GGACUCGUUGCCCUGAUUCUGUCUGCAGCUCACCACAAACACGUCGACUUUUUCGACUUCGACAUCCAUUCUUUCAUUUCGUCAUUCCUUACAGGAGGAAUCACCCGGUCUUAUUUGUUCACCGCCCGCUCCUUAAUCAUCACGACCAUCAUGAAGUUCCUCACUUCCAUCUUGCUGGUCCUCAUUACCCUGACAGGCACCCUCGCCUCGCCCUACCUCAAGAACUGCAACUUGAUCGACUGGCGUAAUGAGACCGGCAGCGCCUUCUGGAUCCAGGCGCAGUGUGGGGAGAGCCUCGAGAAUGCCACCCAGUGCCUCGAUUUCGACAUUAUCCACUGCUUCGCCAAUGCCUAUGGUACCCUCAUUCCGGCUUACAACAGCCAUGGCUUGUUCAACAACACGUGUGGCCAUUGUUCCUUUGGUGUCGACAAGAAAGAUGCUGCGCAUUAUGGUCUGCUGGAGUGCGAUUGUCGAGUCAACAAGACUGCUGUUCACACCUCGCUCAGGACGGACCAGGUCAUCAGGUACGAGUCGAGCCUGGGUCUGAUCUGCCCGUACAACAAUACGGCUGCUCGAUCGGUCGAGUGUCCCAGUGACCGCAAGAAUACCCUGAACAAAAUCGACUUCCAUGAGCGAGAGGUUCGACGUUCGCUUCCAGGCGGUAGAUCUCGUCCACUUUACUAG